AUGUCCGGUAAAAUUGAUAUCUUGAACUUCAGUGACAAAGACGGUGCUUAUAGAAGAAAACCAUCAAGUUUUAGGGAUUUUAUUAGUGCCGAGCCAGGUGCACGUUUUCCUCCAGAGGCUGGCAGAUACCACUUAUACGUUUCGUAUGCUUGUCCAUGGGCUCACCGUACUUUGAUCACUCGUCACCUUAAAGGAUUGACCUCCAUCAUUGGAUUAUCAGUUGUCCAUUGGCACAUGGAUGACAAAGGAUGGAGAUUCCCCACCGAGGAAGAGUUGAAAUCAUUGCACUCAAAAGAUGACGUUUCGUUGGGCACUCCAGAUCACUUGUAUGGAUUUUCUAGAAUUAGAGAAUUGUACUUUAAAGCAGACCCUGAUUAUAGUGGAAGGUUCACUGUUCCUGUCUUGUGGGAUAAAAAAGAGCAAACCAUUGUCAAUAAUGAAUCAUCCGAAAUCAUUAGAAUGUUAAACACUGAGUUUAACAGUAUUUUACCAAGUGAGUACGCAGAGUUGAAUUUGGUACCUAAGGAUUUGGAGAAACAAAUUGAUGAAAUUAAUGGUUGGGUAUACGACAACAUUAACAAUGGUGUGUACAAGACUGGGUUCGCUUCAAAGCAAGAAGUCUACGACAAGGAAUGUAAAAAUGUCUUUAAACAUUUGGACAAGGUUGAAGAACUAUUAAAGCAAAACCACGAGAAGGAUAAGAAGAAUGAGUUUUUAUUGGGAAAUACCUUGACUGAGGCUGAUAUCAGGUUAUUCACCACCAUCAUCAGGUUUGAUCCAGUUUACGUGCAACAUUUCAAAUGCAACAUUGGUAUGAUUAGAUCACACUAUCCCUACCUCCACAAUUGGUUGAGAUUGUUGUAUUGGCACAUUCCGGGUUUCCAAGAGACUACUGAUUUUGGCCAUAUUAAGAAGCACUACACAAAAUCACAUACUAAGAUCAAUCCAUACGGAAUCACACCUUUGGGACCAGUUCCUAACAUUUUGCCAUUAGAUGCAUGA